AUGGACUUAAAGAAAAGCACCGUGGUCAAGCUAUCGACCGAAACGUACCCGGUACAAUUCGGCGACGGAAAGAUAUACAAGCUGCCUAAAAACACCAAAUCAAGCCAAGGGCAUCGCGUGACGCACACCAAUUCGCUAAAGGUCGCAAGAGGUGCGGAGUUGGCCUAUGAGCUUGGCACCGAAGCCUCAAUCAGUGGCAGCUACGCCGGUUUUUCUGCGAGUGCAUCUGCCCAGUACAGUUACAGCGGAAGCAUGAGCGUAAAUAAAAUCUAUGCUAUUCUCAGUGUGAACCACACAUCAUUCACCCUGGACCUCGAGGGGCACGAGGGCACCGACAAGAUGGUCAGCGCUGAGUUUGUAGCUGCCGCAAAGAGGCUUCCCGAGUGGCAGGUGAAAAAAGAAAUUUACAAUGAAUAUGUGCAGUUCUUCCGCAACUGGGGAACUCAUGUCAUUGACUCAUGCACGUUCGGGGCUCGAUACCAGCUGAAGGUGGAGAAUAGCUCGGUCGAGUCUAAGUCGAAGGAGAGCUUCCAGGCUCAGGUCAGCGCUGAAUAUAAUGGGAUUGGCUCGGUCAAGGGUGAUGCGAGCCUGAAAAAAUCUGACGAAUACGCGAAUUAUCUCAAGACGCGUGUGGCCCAGGCUACGGUGACUGGCGGGAGCUCGGGCUCGGGCAUCAUCCUCAGCGACCCACCGUCGGACCCUGAAGAGUACCGAAAGGCGUUCGACGCAUGGGCAAACAGUCUCGAUAAAGCCUUUUCGACCAACCUGGUCAACGCCCGGAUCAACAGCAUCGGCCAUCUGCUGGCAAAUAGCUCCAUUGAGGAGCACCGAGCGGUUUCCAGCAAGCUGGUGAAGGCCCUUGAUUAUCUGGCCAGCAUGCGCGUCGUCUCGGGCUUGGUGAAGGUGCUGGGGGAAAGCCUAGAGACCUAA